AGAGAGAAACUUGCGCUCCUCUUCUACGCUUAUCAUUGGAGAGAGAGAGAGAGAGAGAGGCGGCGAUGACUACGAGCGAAACUCGGUCGAGUUUCUCGUCGCUGGGCGAGAAACUAUGCGCGGCUUGCUUUCCACUUGUAGCAAUAAUCGAGGUGAUCGUCUUCGUCGUCUCCGACUGCUUCGUUCGAUCGCCGGUCGCCGUCGUUCAGCCGCCGAAUCAACCUCCGCGGGCUCUCUCAAGAAUCCAGAUGCUUUUCGGUGAACGAAGUGGAGGCACUGUAUGAGUUGUACGAGAAGCUGAGUAGGUCCAUUAUUGACGACGGCCUCAUCCACAAGGAAGAGCUACAAAUGGCAUUGUUCCAGACUCCAUCGGGAGGAAACCUGUUUCUUGAUAGAGUUUUUGAUCUAUUUGAUGAAAAGCAAAACGGCGUUAUUGACUUUGAGGAGUUCGUCCGUGCACUUACUGCCUUUCAUCCUUCCUCUCCCCUAGAGGAAAAAAUUAACUUUACAUUCAGAUUAUAUGACUUGAGACAAACGGGGUACAUCGAACGUGAAGAAGUAAAGCAAAUGGUGAUAGCGAUUUUGAUGGAGUCGAACAUGACACUGUCAGACGAACUUCUUGAAGCCAUAAUUGAUAAGACAUUUGAAGAUGCUGAUGCUGAUAAGGAUGGGAAAAUAAACAAGGAAGAGUGGAAGGAAUUUGUUAUUAAACACCCUUCUCUGUUGAAGAACAUGACUCUUCCUCAUUUGAAGGACGUUACAACUGUAUUCCCAAGUUUCAUCUUCCACACAGAGGUUGAGGACUAAAAAAACCAAUGCGAAACUGAUAUAUCCAUUGAGUCGCAGAAAGUACAGAAGCAUAACUGGCGUGCAUGAGAAAGAGUGAUGAAUUUAAUCUUUCAAAGGGUGACGGAGAUCAGAGACUGCUAUUGACCAGGUCGGGAAAAUUGCCAUGGUUCUCGUCAAGCUUCUCUGCUCAUCUAACAUGAAAGCACGGUGGGAUUGAGAUUGCUUAAUUCUUGAUUGCUCAAUCCUUGAUCAAUGCUUAAUUCUUGAUUGCUUAAUUCUUGAUCAAUGAUGUUGAUCAGAUUGCUGCAUUCUUCACAGUUCACCGCAAAAUGUUACAUGCGAGCUAACCUUUGCUCUUGUUACUAGAUUAAUCUAUAUAUAUGAUUUUGAUUGCUGUGUAUAUAAUGAAUAUAUGUGUCUUUCUCCCUCCCAAUGUCAGCUGAGAUUACCUUCUGAGGAAAAGGAGGAGGGGGAAAAAAAUCAGAGUUACUGGUUAUGUUGUCAUUGUCACUUGAAACUGUAGUUUGACUGUAUUGUUGAUCCAUAAUCUUAGUUUUCUAUUUUCCAAUUAUUUUGUUUGUGUUUA